CUCGUCGACGCUAGAGCCCGAACAACCUGCGAAAACAUCAGCGAUACUCUGGUUUUCUGUCCUCUCUGCGCUCUCUAGGCGCCCAACAUGCACUUAAAGCCUAUUCGAGGCUUUGUUCCAUACCCUGUUUCACUCCGGCACCGUGCUCGCGUAUACGAGGGAGGCUUCCGUCUCAUAUUCAUUACCGGUCCUUCCGCUUCUCAACCCGCGGAAUAGUGCGUGAAAGCGGCGGGAUGGCGGCGGAGUUGCGUUCUUAUUGGCUGCGGCAAGCUCAUGGGUCUGCCUUCCAUCCGAGAAGCCAAAUUAAAGGGAGGAAGAAGCAGAUACACCGUGGUGGCGUCACCGCUAAAGAUGAUGAAUAGAGUGUAUCUGCAGCACGGCGAAGUAGGGGUGGAACUUUUACCAUGCACUGCAUUUUUUGGCGGGGCUCCCCGCGGACAUCUUUGACCACUGCGGAGAACUUUUACCACCUGCAGAUACACUCUAAUGCAUCAGGGUUGCAGCCCAUGCCGAAUAUUUGUGCUUGCGUGAAGAAGCUGGCGUCAUUUUGCCUUUAUCACAACUUCCGAUCGCAACCGACCUUCGAGCGGUAUAAAGGGAUGACCAGCGCCAACAACAUUCUCUCCAUCCUCCUCUUCGAAUCAGGAAAUCCAACCUACCGACCCCAUUACAGUCUUUACUCCCCAAACCACCACCUUCGACACGAUGUUCUCCCGUUUCGUCUCCGCCGUCUUCCUCCUCGUCGCCUUCGGCUUCGCUGUCGCGCUCGCAGCGCCCAUCCAGACCGUCACCUCCGUGGCGGAUGUCAAGACCGUCUUCUUGACCCUGAAGUCCACUACCGACUCCGUGGUCCCUCAGAUCAACGCCCUCGCCGUCGCCCACAAUGCGACUGCAGACAACCUGAAGCCCCUCAUCGUCGAGAUCACCACCGCGGUCCAGACCGCCACCAACGUGCUUAAGACCGCCAAGCCUCUCGUUGACGAGGUUGACAAGGACGUCGUCGAGCUUCUCGGUUCCAUCCUCAAGGAUGUCACCGUCGCCCUUGGCAGCAUCUCCAGCGACGUUAUCGACAGCGUGAUUGUCCACGAUGUCAUCGUCACUCUCGAUACUACCGUCAACGGUCUCCUAGUUGUUGUGAAGGCGGUCCUCGGUGACGUCCUCGGCCUCGUCGCCAACAUCCUCUUCGGCGUCGCUGGUCUCCUCAGCAGCAUUGGUUACGCGCUUACUCGCGCCACCCUCGGCCUCUAAGCUGCUCAGCCAUUUUGCUGACUGCGAGGCGUUCGCUAGCGCAGCAUCACCUCGCUCGGGUAUUCUCUAGAUUCCCGUCCCCUCGUUUAGAUCAUCGUACUCCAUCUAUAAUGCACACUGCGGAUAAUAUCAUCUUUCUCAGUCUCACGAUCCUCUGCUUAAGUCUGCUCCAUCUGAGCUUCCAUGUGGCUAGAUGAACUGUUCGUUUGCGUCUGUAGAGGCAAUUU